UGUAGGUCCCACCUAUCCUCUAUAACUCUUUUCUCGGCGAAUCCAAAAAAAAUAAAACUUCUUCUUCCUUCUUUUCGCUAUUAACACCUGAAAGAAAUGAGAUAGGAGAGAACAAAAAAAAUGGUGGGACUAAGUAUUGUUUUGGAGAUGACUAACAACAACAACAACAACAACAACAACAACAACAACAACAACAACAAAAACCCUCUUAGUGAAGGUGUCUUAAUUAGUCCUAAAGUCGUCAACAAAGCCAACAUUAUUGUCACCACCGCCGUGACGACGGACACGACUAAUCUCCGUCGUUGUUAUCAAGAUUCUGGAUUUCUCGAACAUUGUUUUCUCUGUAGACGAAAACUUCUUCCAGCGAAAGAUAUCUACAUGUAUAAAGGUGAUAGAGCGUUUUGUAGCGUGGAGUGUAGAUCGAAGCAGAUGAUUAUGGACGAAGAAGAAAGCUUGAGAAGAGAGUAUUGUUCUUUAAUGGAUGUUAAGAAGAAGAAAUUUGAUUCUCCGGCGACUGCGCCGUCGCGUUACCGUCGAGAUCCGAGAAACCAAGCAGGCGGUUUCGCUUACUGAAGCAGAGAGAAUCGCAAAAACUGAAAACUUAUGUUUUGUUGACUUUGUUACCCUUUGGCUAAUUUUUGUCGUUUUGUUUAAUAACGUGUAAAGCCGAAAGGGUGUUUUGGGUAUUUCAGAGCUUUCUUUUUGCAUAUCUAUGGGAGCCCCUAGUAAAAUAUUUAAUUUCAUUUAGUGUUUUUUAAU